AUGCGUUCUACUGUACUCUUUAUAUCUGCCCUUGCCGGCUCUGCUCUUGCUCUACCGGGACCUUUCCCCCGUGGCCUGAACACAACCAUCUCUCACUCUCCUACCCUUCUGCCCACAGGUGGUGGCGGUGGAGAGAAGCCCACGGAGACUGGAAGUAGUGGUGACUCUCAUACCACCACGACCGCUCCUGGAGGCUCCGGAACUACUAUCACUUCCACCAUCACCGACACCAUUACCAAGACGACUUUCAAACCGUGCUCGACCCCAGUCCACACUGAACGUGGUACUACCUACUACAGCACCUGGGUGACUGCUUCCACCUAUGAGACCACUACCUGCUAUACCACCACCGCAGUUCUAACCCCCACUUCCACUCCCCACGUCGAGACUACGACUACCAUUGUCGGCCCUGCUCCUACUGGUGCUGAUGGCUCCGAGACAUGCCCUCCAGCCUCCACCGUGACAGUGUACGUCCCUGUUGGCAACGGCGGCUCAGAUAUUACUCCCACCGAUGCUCCCGGUGGUCAAAGCGGUCACCACUGUGAGCGUUGCGAGACUAUCACCUAUACCAACACUCAAGGUUUCACUACUACAAUUGUGAUCCCCCCAAUUUCAGAACCUACUGGUACGGGACCCGACAAGGCCACGAAGACGGAUGUUCCUUCCUCUACCGCUACCGAGACCAACCAGCCCACCGGCACUGGAUCUCACCCUACCCAUACCAAACCCACAGGCACUGGCAAUGGUCCCACUCCAACUGAGACCAAGACGUGGCAUGGAGCUCGCAACAUUGUCCGCUACUAA